AUGCCUAUAUCCCAUCAGCCUGAGGCCUGCAGGACCCUAGCAGCAGACGAUCGCCAACCAGAAGAGAUAGUAUCAUCGACUGCCCAAACAAGUCGAAACAGAGCGCUAAGCUACACGCAAGAGUCCCCUCACAUCCAUAGCAAUCGUAUCUUUGGCGGCACAAGCGGCCACCGCCGACCAUCAUCUCAUCAUCCCCUCUACUUUACUCCCCAUCAUGACCCCCAAAAGCUUUUGCAUUCGACGGACGCCAGAGGAGAGCCAAUUGUGCAGCGGGUGCUGAAGAGCGAUUUCCCAUCGUGGUUUAACCAUGAUCCGCCCCAAUAUCACACCCGCCCAGGCCCAUCCACGGAUCUGUAUCUAGCAGAGCUUACCAGGGAUACGUACGGUCGCGACAGCGAUCCCUCCGAGGGCACGGUCGGCGUGGAGAAGAUUAUCGACCUCGCCGAAGACACGCGGUGGAGGCGGGGGUCCGCUCUGACCCCGCGCAGUCGGCGACAACAGCUGGUCUUGAAGCGGACCUCCAGGCCGUCCGAGAGGCGCUGGCGGGCGCCUGGCGGGAUGUCAUCUCUACCGGUCAGGAGCUCGAGGCAUCGCGGACCGCUCUAUCGGUCGCCAACGCCCUUCACGCGGGCGCGAUCAUCAAGCGCGGGACGGCACUUGCUACGUCCACAUCAUCCCUAUUCCAAGCCAACCAACUCAAGUGCCAACUCCGAACGGGAGACGGCGCUCCGUAUCAUCGAAGAGGCCACGGCGGACCUCGCCUCGGUCGACCAGGGCCAGCUCCACCAAGCUGCCAACAACGCCAGCGCGGAGCAGACUGAGGCCAGUGAUACUCUCAAAGUUCGGCCGGACAGGGCCGAGGAGAAGCUCAGGGCAGACCUUAAAGCGGCGCAUGAAAGAGCUCCGAGGCAGGCGGACAAUCAGCACCAGGCGGCGAGUAAGAAGGCGAGGGAUGACGUGGAGGCGGCGGAGAAGAAGGCGAGUGGAGCCGAGGCGGCGUUGAAGAAGGCAAGGGAGGAUGCUGAGGCCGCUACCUCAGCGCUCUUCACGGUCACUGGGAAGUGCCUCCAGGCGGAUACAAGGGCGGACACGGCGGAAAAGAGAGUCGCCAUCCUCAAAGGGGACAACCGGUAUCUUUAUGAAUGGCUCGUCGGGCAGAUGGACGAGGUCAAGGCGAAGCAGAAGGUGCUGGAGGAGGCGCUGGCGGCAGCCAAAUCGGCACUGGUAGGGAAAUGCGCGGAGCUGGAGGGGUGGGGAGUGAAGUAUGAGAGACUUCAGAGAUGGAACAUCGCCCUCGCCGACCGUCUCGACCGGUCCAAGCUCGUGGACGAUGUCAUCAAACGAGCUCUCUCGGAUAUGGGGAAGCCGGAGGUGGAGUUUGGGGGAUGGGGAUGCAUGGGAGGAGAAGGUGCGGAGAGACAGGGCAAGGGAGAGGAGGCGGUCGCGCCUGGCGGGGAGGCAGGGGGCGAAGACGGAGCGGCCAAGGCGGAUCAGCCGGGGAAGCAGGGCAAGGGGGACCAGCCACGGAAAGAUGGCAAGGCGAGGAAGGGGCGUGAGGGGGACAAGAAAGGUCCGAGCAAGAAGUCGUAG